UGGAUUAUUUUGGUCUGUGUCUCGCUCUUUUUUCUCCCUGCAGGGCUAAAGCAGAUCCAUGCCCUGUCCAUCCAGGGGAACUAUGAGCUACGUAUCGACCUGGAGGACUUUGAAAAUAACACAGCGUACGCCCAGUACGGCACCUUCGGAGUGGGCCUCUUCUCGGUGGACGCCGAUGAUGACGGAUACCCUUUGACUGUGGGAGACUAUUCAGGCAAUGCAGGUGAUUCUCUGUUGAAGCACAAUGGAAUGAAGUUCACCACCAAAGACAAAGAUAACGACCACUCGGAGAAUAACUGCGCCUCCUUCUACCAUGGCGCGUGGUGGUACCGAAACUGCCACACCUCCAACCUUAACGGCCAGUACCUGCGCGGUCAGCACACCUCCUAUGCCGAUGGCAUUGAGUGGUCCUCCUGGACUGGCUGGCAGUACUCCCUCAAAUUCUCCGAGAUUAAGAUACGCCCGACCCGCGACCCAGAGAAUAAAUGAAACUGACACGAGAAGGAAAAAAAAAAAAGAAGAAGAAAAUUUUCAAACAUUAUAAACCACAGUUUCUGACAGCUUGAUGGAGUUACUUGUCUCGAUAUUGUUUAUUCACUAAAACGUGCAUCUUUGACUUUAGUUGACUCUGCUGUUUUCUCGUGAUGUCUCUCUUCCAUUUUUUUGCUCCUCUUCCUCGCUCACUCAGCUACUAGUCACCCUGGCUACCUUAAUCCUUCCCGUGGUCCCAUUCUUUGAGAAAUUAAAUAACCCGGACGCUCUUAUUUUUGAACGUUUAGUUCACAAAAACAGCUUACCAGAGCCCUGAACCAACAACAGUCCACUGCUCCGGGUCUGUCAAUGUGGUCCAGCCCCCCUCUGAAGUAAAAUGGGUCCCCUGACAUCAACCUGACCUAACCUGUGCUGACAUGGCACUCAGUUCCACUGCCCACUCCUGUAAAAUAUGUGAAGACAACCCCCGUUCACAAAACAUGAAGACAGAAUAUGGAAAUUAUUCAACCCUGCAAACCCCACCCCCACCCUCUGCAAAGAAACUCUCAAGUUUUACCAGGGAGAAGGGGACAGGGCAGUGGUGCACUACGUCACAUUUACAUCUUUGAUCUGUCCGAAUGAGCCCCGGCAGGGAAAGUGGCGAGAAGUACGGGCGCUCCGAUAAUGAGAGCGAGACAGAGAAAAUGAGGAAACAAUUUGACAGGAGCUAAAUUGGUGGAAGGAAUGGGGGGGGGCAGAGUGAAUCAAACUGGGGAGAUGAAGUAGGUGAAGAAGAAGAAAAAGAAGAAGAGGUGCAAGAAAAGGAUGGGGGGGAAAAGAAGAGACAGUGGAGGAUGUCAUUCAUCUGACUUGGACCAUUAGGGAGCAUAUUGGGCACUUUGUCUGAUCUGCCUGCCAGCUGAGUACUGGCCAACUGAUGCAGCACUCACAGAUGGUAACCCAGCACUUUGUGUGUGUGUGUGAGUGUGCGUGUAAGAGAGAGAGAGAGAAUGUGUGUGUGCCUGAGACAGAGAGAGACAGACAGACAGAGUUCUCUAACACUAUCAAUUUCCUGUCACGGGUUCAGUAGAGCAUCUCGAUUGACUACAAUGUUUAGCACAGAAAGACUAAGCAUGAUGCACGGCUGGCUUACCUGCACUCUGUCCAACUAAGUAGCUGAAAUACGCCUGCAAGGGAUGUAACGAAUUAAAGCAGGAAAAGACAACAACUUAGAAGAAACUGAUGGAGCCACUGAAAGAGACCCGAGGAAACUUCACGCCCCCCUUUCUUGUUUGUUCUCUCUUUUGUACGUUUUUUUUCCUCUCUCUGUUGUUUCCAGAUGAUUAUUGUGGAAUCGGUUUGUGCGAUACGGUUUUAUCUUGUCAUGCAAACGGAGCGAAAGAUGCUAUAAAAUAAGAUUUGACGCUCUCAACCGCCGUCUUUUUUCUUCAGAGUCAUGGCAACAUCCAAACUGCCUACAGAAAACAAAGCAAAAAAAGAAAAAAAAGAUGAAGUCAGUUUAAAAAAAAAAAAGGAAAGAAAAAAUUCACAGCACAUGGGCGGAAAACAGUGCAAUCCCGAUUUUUUUCCCCGUCUCUUUUUUAAAGUCGGUGAAUCAACUUUUUUUUGGAUGUAAUAAAAGCUUUAAAAUAUCUGUAGAUUUUAUUGUACAGUGUGUAUGACUUUUAGAGCAUGAGAAUCUGUUUCUUACUAUGCUACAACACAAAGAGAACUCAAGCACAUAGACUUUACAAAAUCCACUGGUUCAAAAAAAGAAGAAGAAAAUGCAAUAUGUGGAGCAAAAUAACUUCCCCCCCCUUCUUAUAAAAUGAGCAAAAGGUGGGGAGUGGCGCUCCUUAGGCCAGAUCCAAGUGAAGAAGAGUAACAUGAUUAUCCCUUAAGCACAUGCCCGCUCUAAUCUGCAGCACAAAUUUCAGUCUUUAUGUCAAAGGCACAAUGAUAAGAGUUUUUUGAACCUCCUCAGGCACAAUAGCUGCCUUGCUGGACAUUUGCGACCUUUGUGAUUACUUGGCUUUGGAGUCACUUGGAAGCAGUUUUGAAUCCGUGCUAAAGGGUGUCGCUCCAGCUGACAGUGAGUUAACGUGUAGCACCGAGCAAUGUUGCACUUAAUACCUCUGACACUGGAACAGCUGUGAGUUUUUCUCUCAUCCCCGGUGCUUUGAUGAAGGAUCUCGUUUCUGUGUGUGUUUCUGCUAGCGCAUUGGCUGUGCACACGCGGUAUAUGUCACGUGGUGGUGGUGGACUCCUGCCACGUCUUUUCAUCGAAGAAGCGCCGAAGACACGUUACACAUGCCUGCAGAUGUUAUUGUGGCACAGAGUGUGCGGUGCGCUAUUGUCAAUUCCGAGACAAGCUGGAACUGUGCGGAGUCGCUCGAGGAGAGGGAAUUGGACCGCUCGUUGAGUAUGUGUGCGAAUCGUGAGUAUGUGCGUGUCUCUUUGCCGGACGGAGCGUCGGUAUGCGUGAGCGCAAGCGUGCAUCUGCAGUGUUUCUGUGUUUACACGUAUAUGCACAUGCGUCGGUUUGUACACGCCCAACGUGCAUGAGCCAGACAAGAGAACAGGAGGCUGGGUGUGUCUCUCUGUGGAAUUCUGAAGUAAUGUGAUGCCUAUGUACUACAUGCCUCCCUCGCUAUUUGUGUUGAUAACAGAGAGAUUUACAUAAUUCUAAUAAUGAACUAUUACUUAUUGUGAUUGUGAUCCCAUUAAAAUGGACACCACCUUCUUGGUACUGUGUUGAACUGCGCUUGUGCCCUCGAAUCCUGACAACCCGCUCCCGAAUUCUCUGUUCGCCUCAACAUGACUUUGUGCUCACUGUAUACGUUAGCGCUAUGUUUCCCUCGUUAUUUAAAUGUAAAGACAUGUAUUAUUUGCCAUGAUGAUCCACCACCCCACCCCUCCUUCCCUCUGUGUUAAAGGCCUUCAUUGUCACUCUUUGCUGCUGCAGCUUGCUAAGUCUCCAAUGGAAGAGAUGAUAAAAGAAGUGAAAUCAGAGGCUCUGAUAAUUCCCAGUUAACCCACUCAUUACAGAGUAUCCGCACCCUCUCCAUCGAUCCGCCACGUCCCCAAACCCCUUUCUUACUUUGUACCUCCUUAAUUGCCUUAGCCUGUGCUGCCAACCCCGGCUCCUAAAUUCCUCUCUCUGCUCUUUCCGCUCCUAACUCCUAUCCCCUUUAUUGCUCUGUUUUUCUUCCCCUACUCCCAUCUCCGCUCUCCUCCACCCAGCCCGCCCAUUCCUUCAUUCCCAGCGCAGAACUAACUAUGUUUUUCUUUUUUCCUUUUAUUUUUGGUGAAGUACUAUAGAUUGUUUUGCUGAAUCUUGAUACUGUGUUUUAAUGUUCUUGUCAACAUUUAAUAAACAUUCACAUUUUAUAAAUGGAGCACACGCCGAA